AUGGAGACUCUCAGAAAUAUCAUCAAUCCGGGGAAGGACAAGGAUGAUGAGAUCAUGUAUGGCAGCGGUACAAAAGCUACCGUCAGCCAUAUCGAGAGAGCACCACAGACGACUACAACUCCACCUCAACGACCUGCAGAAGCCGAUCAGCGGACUGAGGCCGAUCGACCACUUGAAACUGCUACCGGCCCAAGGUCAUCCGACGUAGAAAACAAAGCUGUCUCAGAUGUGGGCUCAGGCCGCAACGUCCCUCCACAGACCCGGCCAGAGCCAAGAGACAGCACUACAGACCAAGGUAAUUCUUUCGCCUCUCGCCCUGCUACACAGAGGAUGCUGCCAGAUGAUGAUGCAAGCACGGCAAGCAUCAAGUCUGGGAUUGCAGGGCGACCGCCUCGAUCUACGCUGACUGGCUCCGCAGCCACUGGGAGCAAUCUCACUGCAGAUACCAAUCAGCCAAGCAAGACAAUUGGCACGGAGGGCAGGGGAACCGAACGUGCAUUCCCAUUGAGUGGAAGCACCACCAAUGAGCCCACUUCGACAACAGACACUGCUCAACGAGACCAAUCUCAUAAGGAACAUAAGGAACGUAACGCCGGUUCUGGUGGGGGCAUACUUUCCUUCCUGUAUCGACAUGAGCAUGGUGGUCACGGUCAUCGUUUCGAAGGAGAUCCAUGUGGGCCGGAAACUGCGAAACAGAGCGAGGGACUCUUUGCACCCGGGCCUCAUGCUACCGACACCGCUAACAGGCUCGAUCCCCAGCUUUCCAGCGGUCAGGCUCGGCAGGGAACAGGCGUUUCAGAAGGCGCAAUUCCCGCGACUGAAUCUGGUCAGGAAAGCAAGCAUCACUAUGGCCGUGAUGCUGCCAUGGCCGGUGCUGGUGCCGCAGCAGCUGGGGGUGCAUAUAAAGCGGGCCAUCAAGACCCUUCGACCACAACCGGCCCCGCGUCCAAGACGAUUGGUCCCCACGUGUCAAACAUAGCAAAUGUGGCCGACCCGCGUGUCCAGCCUGAUCCAGCCAAGAUGAAAGGAGAACACACGAGUGCUGGUGUGACCCCCGGUUCAGAGUCCAAAGAAACUCAUCCACAUGAAAAGGAGCAGGGUGGUCAUCAUUUUGGCCGUGAUGCAGCAUUGGUGGGCACAGGAGCUGCUGUCGCAGGUGGCACUUACGAGGCUGGUCAUCAAGACCCCUCGACAACUACCGGACCUGCCUCCAAUACCAUAGGCCCGCACAGCUCCGAUGUUGCAAACGUAGCCGAUCCUCGUGUACAGCCUGAUCCGGCGAAGAUGAAGGGUGAAUACGCCGGAGGACCAAAAGGCCCCCACGCAUAUGCCGGGAACGAAGGUGCCACCACUGCCGCGGGAGAUACUUACAGAGCCGGCGAUGCGGAUCCUUCGAUGACGACUGGUCCUGCCUCUAAAACCCAUGGACGUCAUAGCUCAAACUGGGCAAAUAUAUUGGAUCCCCGUGUUCUGCCGGACCCUCAGAAGAUGAAGGGCAAGAAUGCAGGUGCUAACGAAGAAAACCCAUACAGCCGCACGCCGGUUGAUAGCCGAGUAGACUAUGACAAUAAAGCUGCCCAAAGGAACGAGCCUGGUGAGACUCACCACGAUCGGGAUGCGGCCGCUGUCGGGGGUGCCGCUGCUGGCGCCACGGCGGCCCACGAGUUCUCCAAGCACGACGCUGAGAAGGCGGAAAAACAACGGCUUAAGGAUAAGGAAAAAUACGAAAAGCAAAUGGCGAAAGAAGAGAAGCAUCGCGAAAAGGAACUUCAGAAGGCUCAUAAGCACGACGCAGAGAAAACUCAGAAGCACAUGACGAAGGAAGAAAAGCACCAUGAACCAGAGGAGGAGAAGCAUGGGAGGAGAAGAUCGAUUCUUGGCUUCUUCAAGCGCGACAAGACCGACGACGAGUUGAAGCAGGAGGAAGCCGAGCGCAAGGAGCAUGAGCGUACUGGUGCCGAAGUUGCGGGUGCUGCUGGUGUGACUACUGGUGCCGGUAUGGCUGCUCGUGAGCAUGAGCAGAAUGAGGGCAGAAAUCGCCUGCACAAAGAGCCACCUACUGGAUAUACUACGCAGGAAAAGAGAACAAGCCCCAAUGAGGCCGACCAGCAGACUACUCCGGCUACUGGCGCCUCUCAAACUGCAACCGCCACUGCCACUGGUCCCGGUGCCGGUGCCGCGGCCUCAAAAGCAUCUGGCGCUACUGGUUCUGAAGGGGCAGAGCAGGAAGGAAUCGUCAAGGAGCCCUAUACCGGCCUUCCCAUGAAUGUGGGUAAGUACGGCACAACUGGCACCGGUGGAACCGAUGCUGGGAACGUUGCUGGCGCUGAGCGGACGACCGAUGCCCGCCAGUUUGGCGCCGAACCAUCCGCGAAACCCGCGGAAGAGAAAAGAGAGGAUAAAAUUGUCACGGAGCCUUAUACCGGUCUCCCCAUGAAUAUUGGCAAAUACGGCACCACUGGUGCUGGGGGCGUGGACGCCGGCCCCUUCCCUGGCGCUGAGCGGACUGAAGAUGUCCGUGCCCUUGGAGUCGAGCCUCCUGCACCUCAGGGAGAAGAGUCCAGAGAAGAUAAAUUUGUCAAUGAACCGCAUACCGAACGGCCAAUGAACGUCGGCAAGAAUGGCACCACUGGGGCUGGAGGUGUCGACGCGGGCCCGUUCCCCCGUGCAGAGCGCACUGAAGAAGAGCGCACUGAAAAUGUCCGAAACCUUGGUGUCGAAGCUCCCUCGUCCACUACCGGUGCGUCUGGAGCCGCCGGAACUGGUAGUACCUCUGGUGCUUACCGGAUGCCCGGCGCUUAUGAAACGCAGGACUAG